AUGGACGAUGCUAAAAUCUAUAAGGAAGUAACAACGGACUUUGAAUGUGAGGAGCUGCAGAGUGACUUGGACAAUGUGCUGUGGUGGUGCUCGGAGAAUGAGAUGGAGUUAAACAUAUCUAAGUGCGUUGUACUCUCUUUCUCUCGGCGCACGAAUGUAACGGUGUUCAACUAUACCUUAUUUGGUUCGACUCUCCACCGAUCCUCUACAGUGAAAGAUCUCGGAGUAACUGUUUCCUCGAAUCUAAGUCCAGAACCUCACUUAAGAAACAUAAGUAAGAAGGCUUAUUCUGCUCUGGGAUUUGUUGUCAGAAUGUCUCGAGAUGGGUUUUCACCUCAUGCCCUAAGGACUUUGUAUGUGCAGCUGGUCCGCCCUUUGUUGGAGUACUGCUCGCCAGUUUGGUCACCAUACCUGAUAUGCCAUGUUGAUCUUCUCGAGGGUGUACAGAGAAGAUUUCUCCGAGUACUUGGAGUGAGUCUGAGCUUUCACUGCCUUGAAGUACCACUGGAUGAGAUGGAACGUCGGUUUGGACUUCUUCCUCUGAGUUCGAGACGCAAAAUCUUUGAUCUGCUGCUCUUAAAGAAGAUCAUCACAGCCUCUGUCGAUUCACCAGAAUUGCUGAGCAGGGUUGAUUUUCGUUGUGCUCGGGAGGUUCGAUCCAGAGGACUCUUUGAGAGAGCUCAUUGUUCGACACAGUAUUCUUACCACAGUGCUCUGCCUCGCCUUCAUCGUUUGGGAAACAGCCUGCCCAGUUACAUCGACCUGAUUCAGUUCUCCGAGAAUCGUCUUAGGAAAGAGCUAACCAACUUCUACUCGUCAGAAGAGUGCAUGUUUGAUUUUUUUUUUAAUUAG